UCCACUGCUGCUACUACAUUUACUGCUUCCACUGCUGCUCCUACAUCUACUACUUCCAUUGCUGAUACUUCCUCUUCUGAUUUCUCUGUUGCUACUAGCUAUACUGCUGGCACUUCUACUUCAACUGCUGCUGUUGCUUCUUCUCCUGCAACAUCUACUUCUACUAUUGCUACUACCUUUACUACUGCCAAUACUACUUCCACUUCUGCUAUUACCUUUACUACUAUCAAUUCUUCUUCCUCUGCUGUAACUACCUCUGCUGCUGCCACUUUUACUUCCACUGCUUCUACUACCUCUACUUCUGUCACUGCUACAUCUACAUCUUCUACAGCCAUGUUUACACCCCCACCCCACCCCUCCCCCAGUUCCCCGGGUGCUACUACCGAUAAUACUGCCGCUUCCACUGGGGCUACUUCCUCUACUGCCGCUACAUCUAUUUCCACUGCUGUUACUGCUCCUACUACUGCCAGUUCCUCUUCCACUGCUGCUACAACGUCUACUACUGCCACUUCUACUUCCACUGCUGCAACUACCUCUACUACAGCAACAUCUACUUUAACUGCUGCUGCAACAUCUAUUGCUGCAACAUCUACUUCCACUGUUGCAUGUGUUGCUGCUGCUGCUAAUUCUUCCCCUGCUUCUAAUUCCUCUAAUACUGCCAAAUCUACUACCACUGCUUCUACUUCCUCUACUGCUACCACAUCCUUUUCCACUGCUGCUCAUACAUUUUUGCUACUUCAGUUAGUAGAAGCAGUGGUAGUAGAUUUGUCAGUAUUAGAGGAAUUAGAAGCAGUGGAAGAACUAGCGGCAGCAGCAACAGUGGAAGUAGAUGUUGCAGUUGUAGAUGUUGUAGCAGCAGUUAAAGUAGAUGUUGCAGUAGUAGAGGUAGUUGCAGCAGUGGAAGUAGGAAUGACAGUAGUAGAUGUUGUAGCAGCAGUGGAAGAGGAACUGGCAGUAGUAGGUGCAGUAGCAGCAGUGGAAAUAGAUGUGGCGGCUGUAGAGGAAGUGGUCAAAUGGAAGUAG